AUGAAGUUCAGCUGUCUGUCCUCCCGACAGCCUUCCACGGGUUUCGUCUUAAACAGUGUUUAGAUCCUGGAGAUGUGGUGGCAGCCCAUCCUAUGCAGCCACUGGCACUGUAUCCUAGCAGCCCACAUGGCACACUGGGACUGGGAGGACGCAUCCUGGCGGGAGCUGCUGGAGCAGAUGCUGGGGAUGAGCCCCGCCCAGAUACAGGCCUUGCUGUGGGAUGGGGACAAGUUCGGCCAUGGAGUGAUCAUGGGUCUGGUGGACAUUGGGGACACUUUUCUGUGCCCAGAAAACAUAGGUCAUGACGAGGUGAAGGAGCUGGAGAAUCAAGCCCUGCUACCAGCCCUGGGACAGAAGUACCUGACUGUGCUUACCAACCCCUGCUGGCUGCUGCAGCCCAUCCCAGGGUGGGCCGGAAAGGACAUGUUCCAGGUGGACAUCCCUGAGCACCUGAUCCCCUUUGGUCAGGAGGCCUGUCCAGACUGGGUUCCUAAGAGGAAGGUGACCCUUACCCUGCUGUAA